CGCGGAAGGUUGUGGUUGGCGGGAGGUGGUGCAGCCCUCCAGCACUGCUCGCUGCCCCUCACCCAGUAGCCUCGAGAAGCGGUCAGCUGUGGUGCGAGACUCUUGGCGGAAAGAGUGGAGGCCGCAAUGCGUGGAGCAGCCUCGCAUCAACAGCUCCCAGUGUCGUAGCAGCCGAGCGAAAUAGUACUACCAGAGCAUAGCAGAGCGUGGCGGAGCGUGGAGAAGCGUAGCAGGACAUAGGACUCUUCAGGAAGCCACGGUCCCUCCUUCCACUAAGCCCCGCCGUGCCUCAGCCGCUGCAAGAAGGAUAAAGUUUUCAUGCCGUAAUUGCACGAGCGCCUCUUAACUUCUGGUCCCCCCACCCGCCCUCUGACCAUGGCGAGAGUGUGAUGAGUAGCAGCGGGCGCAGUCAAAGGUCUCUUACUCAGCCUAUACGGAGCCAGGUACUCGUUCUCCCUGGCUUGUGAAAGGAGUGGAUGAUGGAGCGGGGUGGUGAAGGCUGGAAAGGCUGUAGAGGCUGGAGAAACAGGAGCGCCGUGACUUUGGUUCUUCUAGUGAUGUGUUGGUGUUCUGUAGCCGCUGGAAGUAAGAACACGCUUCCACCUGGAGUACCCGUGGGCCGUGCUGCUGGGGUGGCGGGGUCCAUGGCGCGCUUGCCCUGCCUCGCUAGCCACGCCGGGCCGCCUCACAGACCCUCACUCGUGUUAUGGUACAAGGACCGAGCCAGAUUCCCCUUCUACACACUUGACCUGCGGGACGAAGGGGAGCAGCAAGAGUUCGUCAACGCGGGAGUGCGAGGCCGCGCCCACUCAGGCCUCUCCGGCGCCUACCUCACCCUCGACCCACUCCACCUGCGUGACUCCGGCAGGUACAGGUGUCGCGUUGACUUUGAAGUGUCGCCCACGCUCUUCGCAGUGGUGGACCUCAUGGUGUACGUGGCCCCGUCCCGCCUCAAGGUGCUGGACGGGCGCGAGGAGCGGGUGGUGACGGGCCAGCUGGGACCACUGAGGGAAGGUGACGCGCUCUCCCUCGUCUGCAUAGCCACUGGAGGGUGGCCGGCGCCCGAGGUGACGUGGUGGCGAGGCUCCACUCUCCUCAGCAACAACAGGACGGUGCUCGGCUAUGACGGCCCGCCGCCCACCAUGCCUUCCCUGUCCGCCCUGCCGCCCCCGUCAAUGCAGUUCACCAGGGCGCCGGUAGGGGCUCCAGCGCGACAGGUGAAGGCAGUGCUGAAUAUCCCUGCCCUCACCCGUGACUACGUGCGGAGUAACCUGACCUGCCGCGCCUCCAACACUAACCUGACACAGCCUCUCUCCGUCUCCCUGGCGCUGCUGCUCCACCUGCCUCCCAAGACGGUCAACAUUCAUCUGCCGGAGGUGCCGCUGGUGGCCGGCCAACGGACGCGCCUCGAGUGUGUCGCGUUGGGCGCCCACCCCUCGGCCAUCCUCACCUGGACCAAGGCGCUGCGAGGCUCCGCGGCGCCCCUGCGAGCACCCACGCGCCACACUGCCGGUCGCUCCUCCUCCCUUCUGACGGUGGUUCCGCGGGCGGAGGACGACGGGGCAAGUCUAACCUGCACCGCCAGUAAUCCACGGCUAGAGGGUGCGGCGCUCACCACCACCACGCACCUCGAUGUUGUCUACGCUCCAAGGGUGAGGCUACGGCUGGGGGCCAACCUGGAGGCGCUGCCCAUCACGGAAGGGAGCGACAUCUACUUUGAGUGUGAGGUGUCCAGUAACCCGCAAGCCAAGGAAAUCAUCUGGAGUAAAAAUGGAGAAGCGCUCAACAGUGACAGAGAGAAGAGCAUCCUUGUGUCGGGGAAGAACUUGGUGCUACAGACGGUGCCUCGAUCAGCUGCCGGGAAUUACACGUGCUCGGCAACCAACAGGCAAGGCACCACCACCAGCAACGCCCUCCCCCUCACCGUGCAGUAUACACCGGUGUGCGUCGCCCGGCCCAGGACGGUAGCGGUAGGGGAGGGGGAGACAGCGCGCCUCUCUUGCCGGGUGGAAGCAGUGCCAGACGACCCACUCUCCUUCACGUGGGUCUUCAACAAUACACUCGACACCGUCCACGUGGAAAACCAUCGCCUGAGUCCAGUGCGAGGCCUCAGCAUCCUGGACUACACGCCGAGGUCAACACGGGACUACGGUACGCUCUCGUGCUGGGCCGCCAACAGCCUGGGCUCUCAGACAGACCCGUGCCGCUUCACCAUCAUCGAGGCAGGUCCUCCCGAUCACGUGGCGAACUGUGUACUGGUGAACCUAACAGUCACAUCCCUGGAGGUCGGAUGCACGGCGGGGCGAGACGGAGGGCGCCAGCAGUGGUUCAUUGCCCAGGUGUACGCGGCCACCACCCACCGCCUGCUGGCCACCCUGGAGGAGGCCACACCCAGGUUCCGCGUGGAUGGCCUCACACCAGGGCAAGACUACCUCAUCACCGUCACAGCUAUGAACGAUAAGGGCGCCAGCAGACCCGUGGAGAUAAGCGCUGUUCGUCUCAAGGUAGCCGAGAAGCGCAUGGUGGAGGUGACGCCGCCGCCCGUGUCUCCUCUCGUGGGCGUGUUCCUGGGGCUCGUGGGCGGCUUCGUGGUGCUCCUUCUCGCGGGUGUCCUCCUCUCGCGCAGGUGUUGGGGGCGGAGGGAAAGCAGUGACAACGCCUCCGAACCGACUAAAUUGUCCUGCUCCACGCCCGAGGACGCCCACUCCCCUACCACCCACACCCACCCUACCCCAGAGUCCCCCAACCCACCCUAUGUUAUAUCCUGUACCACGCCCUUCCCCUCCCACGCCUCCACCACCAGUCACCCCACCUACACCACCACGACCUUCUACACACUCCCCAGUUCUCCCCACCACGUGAUGCCAGCCCCUUACCACGCCCACGACCACGCCACAACGACCACCGCACAGUAUUACACUCACACACCCACGCCCACACCCAACACGCCCGAUGUAACUAGUACUAAACCUUUAUACGCCCACGCUCUCGCCCUCACCACGAUCACCACGGCACCAUAUCACACCCACACCCUCACCCAUACACCAGCCACCACUUCUCACGUUUACAACCACCCACUCACCCAUGUCACCCACGCCACGCACUCCACUGCCCCCACCACACUCCAUCACACCCACUCGCCCAUUCCUACCGCCACCAUACCCUACCAUACCCACGCCCUCACCACUACAGCCACUGCACACUACCACGGCCACACCACCACCACAGUGACACCAUUUCACGCGCCUACCACACCGUACCACACCCUACAGGCGGACAGACAAUCUCACGUAGCUGUAGAAUCUCUAUAAAGAUGCAUAAAAGUGAAUCCCAAUUCCUCUCUUUUCAUCUCCUUCCCAGACGCCACGCCUGGCUUCAG